AUGUAUUGGCCCAUCGGAACUCCGCGCGUCCAUGCCACCAGUAGCAGCAGAGCUUCGGAUGCCAACAUCUUCGUUUCCUACGAUGGCCUGCAGAGCCAUUCGGGAUCGUCUCUAGCAUCGCCCCAGCCUGAGCCCCUUGCGCGGCCCGUCACGGCGCCGCAGCAGGACGAGUCCGACGAUGCGCUGCCGCCUCCAACUCCCAUGACGCCGAAAACGCCGGCUGUCAAACCGGUUGAGCGCUACGAGUUCUUUCCAGACGGCGCUUCUACCAAGAGCCAGACGGCCGAUGAUGGAAAAGUGCCCGUCAAGGAUCCGGUGCUUGCGUUGCGCAUUGCCCGCACCGGCCAGAUGUUUGCCGUCAUCACGGCAACGUCCAUCACACUCUGGCAGACCAAGCCUGCAGUUGUCCUCGCAUUAGUUGUUCGAUCUGAAGCGUCCCUGGAGUCCUACGGCACCAAUGUUGACCUGCUGCUGCGCCCCGAUUCCGCUAUUCUUGUGGUGCAUACUUCUAAAGGAUACCUCAUUACUUACUCCAUAGCGACCGACGGCGAAUCGAGAGUCUAUAAACCGCAUUUUGCAAACUACCACAACAUCCUUUGGGGCCCGGGCGAGGGAGGCGGGGUUCGCGACGUCAGCGUACGGUUCCGCAUGGUUAUCAAGGUGGACGCCGGCAUAGAGAGUGCUCUCGCCCUUGAUGAUGAGCUAGUUGUUGCGACAAGGAAACCUGCGGCGGUGCAAUGUAUUCGCUGGACGCCCGACAGCAGCGGAAACCAAACGAGAACGGAGAUUUUGAGCCGCAUGGGCUGGGUAGAGAAGAGGGCGUCCAUUGUGGAAAUGACCCAUGACCGGCCAAUGAAUUUGACUACUUGGAUCACGAGUGACGGGAGAGCAUAUGCCGUUCAGCGCCAGCAACGCAAAACCACAACCGAAGAGGACCCCGAUAGCCCCGAGGCAAAACGACUCUUCAAGGGGCACUGCUUCCACACUCCGGAAGAUUCGAGAGGGCAGGCCGUACGCGCAGUUAUUAAUGCUCGAUUUUCGCUCAUCGCCGUUGGCUGCUCGGAUGGCGCAAUCCAUGUAUACUCAGUCAGGGAUUACGAGGGUAACAUUGUGUAUUCCCACGCCCAUCGUAUGCCCUUCUCAACGUCAACGGCUGGUUCUUUUACGACCCUGACGUACUCUCCCGACGGAUACUGCCUCUUUGCGGGCUUCGAAAAAGGAUGGUCUACCUGGAGUAUGUUUGGCAAGCUAGGAAGCAACAGUUUUGGAGCGGAACCGAGCAUAUCGACUCUGAAUGGCGAACACUGGCUUUCAGGGAUCAAGGGUGCAGUAUGGGCCAGUGGCGGUUCCGAGAUUCUCCUAAUAGGGCGGCGGCACGAAGCCGUAUGGUCGCUUGAGAUGGCUAGAAAUGCCAUCACUGGCUGUUACAACGAGGCCAAUGUCUUUCGCACAGUCCUACAGACGCCGACUAGUGUCAUGAUAUACCGAGGCUAUGACCUCCCUGACUUGACCAGCAUAUCGGCCGAGCCCUUUUUAUGGCAUACUUCAAGGAUUCCAUCAUCAUACCUUCUUAACCAGUGGCCCAUCCGCCAAACAGUCAUUUCCCCAGAUGGACGCUAUGUUGCGGUCGCUGGUCGCCGGGGAUUGGCCCACUACAGCGUCAACAGCGGACGAUGGAAAACAUUUACUGACGAGGCGAUGGAAAACGCCUUUGCGGUCCGGGGAGGCAUGUGUUGGUACCAGCAUAUACUGGUCGCCGCAAUAGAAGAUAACAGGACGUUUGAGCUGCGGCUGUACUCACGCGAGGCGGCGCUGGACAACUCCCAUAUCCUGCACACCGAGCGUUUACCUGCUCCUGUGGUUCUAAUCACAGCAUCUGGUGAAGAUUCCCUCCUCGUCUAUACCUACGAGAAUCUCUUGUACCACUACAUUUUUGUCCCGACGACCGGGUCAGUUCGUCUCGUCCAGGUGGGCCAGAUUGCAUUUCACGGAAUUGUACGGUCCCCUGCCAGAGUCCGAGGACUUAGCUGGAUCUUGCCAGACAACCAGCUCAGCGACGGAGAUCCUUCCCAGGAUGUGGCUGUUGCAUCUGUUCUCUUCCUCGUCGAUGGCAAGCUAGUAUUGCUGAGCCCGUCACUCAAUGAAGAGGGCCAACUCAAGUACGAUAUGCGCAUCAUUGCACAGAACGUGGAGUAUCAUGUGAACAUGCGAGACCAGCCGCCUCUAAACGUCAGCCACUCCCUCGAAGAUACCCAGCAGCGGUAUGGACCACCAGCUCUCCGCGAUUCCCUGUGGCUUUUUGACGGCAUGGAGAUUAAAGCAUGGGCCGAUAUCAACGAGCUUUUGAUGGCAGCGAGUGGAGAUGGCGGCGGGAGAGAGUUGCCAGCGCCGGUGUCCGUGGAUGUCGACUUUUACCCACUAUCUAUCCUGCUGGAAAAGGGCAUUGUCCUCGGUGUAGAGUCAGAUCUGGUGCAGCGACGCGAUGUGAACUUUUCCUUCUUUCACUUCGCAAUCAGGACACACCUUGUUCUACCAGAUGUGCUACGGUUCUAUCUUGGCAACAACAUGACGGUCGAAGCGGCAAACUUGUCUCAGCAAUACGAAGGACUAGAGUAUUUCUCCCAUGGUCUGGAGGUACUACUUCACCGUGUGCUGGAUGAAGAGGCAGACACAUCGCCGAAGCCGGAAGACGCUGUCUUGCCACGUGUCUUGUCUCUAUUGUCAUCUUCUAAGGAGUACCUUGACAUCGUGUUACAGUGCACAAGAAAAACGGAAGUCCGGCAAUGGAAGACGCUCUUUGCCUAUCUACCGCCGGCGCAAGAGCUGUUUGAAGAAUCACUGCAGAGAGGGUCGCUCAAGACGGCGGGUGGGUAUCUCAUCAUUCUGCAUACGUUGGAUGAGCUGGACGCUUCCCUAGAACAGUCUGUUCGAGUCUUGACCAGGGCAAUAAGAGAAGGCGAUUGGGAACUGUGUAAAGAACUCGCAAGAUUCCUGGCCGCCAUGGAUGAAACCGGAGAGAUUCUCAAAGAAGCCAUGAAAAUGGCCAAUGUGACGCAGGUGUCUAACCAAGAUGGCAUCUCAAGCAGACUCGAGCUUCCGGUAACGGGGCUAGGAUUUAUUACCAAUGGACGCAACAAGAAUGGCAGCGACGACGAAACGGGAUCUGAUAGACGCUCCCCCAGCGAUGCUAGCAGCAUGGGUUCAACUAUUAGUCCUUUGGACGGAUGA